AUGGCUUCGCGGCACGCGCCUAGUGGCCCAAGAGGCAUUGGACAGCAUAAGAUCGCCACAUACCCAAACUCGGAUCGCAAAAAACCAUCGACCACGAGAACGACUCGCGAUCCUGAUCCUGAUUCGUCGCGAUCGAAGUUGUCGCAUAUUUACGAUUACCCGUCGUCACCCGAGAGCAAGUAUCAACAAAUUCCGAAACACCAAGAGGCUUCGCUCAAGAUGCCAAUAAUGCCGCCCUCAAAGGAAGUUUCGACCACCUUGCCAAUCAAGACACCACGACCCCCGAAAAAUGGACUGGCAAGAAAGAGGGACCAUGCCGCCGCUUUCCCAGCCCAAAAGAACCAAAAGAAUAAAGUUUACGACGAGAAAUCUGGUGGCAGAGAUGCAGCAGAUAUCACAGUCUGUCCAAGCCCGAACCCAAUCUCCAACUUUACGCAGCAGGAUGCAAAACAAGCUUGGAGCAGCCAUAACUCGAGUAGAGAUUCGACUUCCGCUCGCGCGACGCCAGUAAAACGUACACAUACAAGUACUUCACGACGGCCACGGCUGAUAGAUGCUCUCGCCGCCCAAAAACAGUCACUCUAUGUGGAUGACGAUGAUGGAGAACCAGAGCCAGUAUCAGGAGUUGAACAGACAUCAGAUAUGCGUCGGGGUUUCCAUUCCCAAGAAGCAGAUAGGAGCAUUCGUACUCCAGAUCGUCGGGGAACGACAACACCAGCAAACAGGAAAGUUCGGUUCACGUAUAGCCAGGCCCGAAGGAUCGUCAGUGAAUCGCAAACCCCGGAGCUUUUCGACAGUCCUAAUAGAGCUCAGGAGCAUGAAUUGGAUCCAUUACUAGCGGAACCAAGUGUGAUUUCUAGCCCUCGGGCUGACGACUUUGCUCACGACGAGUCCGAUGAUGAGAACAAUACCCAACCCGCAAUCAAGAGUGUCCACGAAUUAAGGCGCGCAGGCGCGAACAAUAGAUUUGCGGAUGAGAUGGACGAUUUAAUAGCAAGAAUUGGACUUCCGGGAACGGGUGGUGCUAGUAUGAGACGAAAUGCGCUUUGCGAACUGGUACAAAAGCUCCAACGGAAAGAUUUUAUGACACAAUUUCGAGACCACGCUUCUCGAGAUAUUGUUGCUCGAGAUAUUGGGAAAGAACAAGACAUGAUCUGUGGUUUUGCUCUAGUAUCUUAUCUGCUUUCCUUUUUAACCACUGGUCCGGCCCCGAAUCUACUACGGCAACUAGCAGGUGAUGGUGUUGGCAGGUUGUUGGCACUUCUUCUCCGUGUAGACGAAGACAUCACAGCUAUUGCCUCCCACAGGAAGAUGAACAUGUCUAGAAUGUCGAGGUUGUCGGUCGAGGGCGUAAAGUCCAUUUUACAAAGCCUACCAAUAUGGCAUAAUUACGAGCCGGUCGAUCUCUCCCCACGAACGGCCGCUCUUCAGCUGAUGGCCUUACUUAGCCGUUGUGCAGACGCAGCGUUCCUUGAUCAGAUUCUCUCAGACGCACAGUCGGAUAUAAUUUCCGUUGCUACAUGGGCUAGCGAGGAAGGAUCUUGCAGCGACGUGGACUAUGCUCUGACUGUAUUCACACUUGAAACCCAGUCUAGCGCUGGAGUAGCUCCAAGGCUGAAUUCAGACGGCGCCCAUCCAAGGAGGAUCGCCAAGCUGCUUUCACGAGCGCUCCAGCAGUGGCCGAGUGGAAAGCCGGAGCUAGAUUCUGCGAUUCUUAAGCUGGCCAUUAACACUACCAAUGCCGAGGACGAGGCGGCGGCAUUUGAUGACUCGCAACUUUCUACAAAACUAGCACGUCGUGUUGGCCACUUGUUCGUCAACGUACGCAAUGCGAUUCUUGUCGGCAAGUUGGAAGGAGAGACAUAUGACGAACUCUUGCUCGUGCUAGGCGUCAUGAUAAAUAUUAUGGAGCACUGCCCUCCCGCGAGGAGGGCAGUGACCGAUAAAACCACGGAUAGUCUAGUAAAGUUGUGGCAGGACAACAAGGAGUCUGUUGGCGAGGCGGAUUCUGUAGACAAAUCCAAACUGAGCGUUGCCGUUGGGUAUUUGUCCGUGCUACUUGGGUACAUGUGCCUCAAAGCACAGACGAGGGAGCACCUCGAGAGCCGUGUUGGUGCCGGUGCAGUACAGGGUCUCCGGACUUCUAUCCAGCAAUUUGCAAGCAUGUACAAGGCCGUGGAUAAUAAGGCCCAUGCCAUGGAUAUUCUCGUGCAGGAGCUUCGACGAGUAGUUUGA